AUGAUCAUUACAUGGUUAAUAGGUUUAUUAUUGAUCCAGUUAACAUGCAGUUCUCUUGUUGGUUCCGAAGAAGAGAUUCAUGAAAAGCAUCGCUUCAACUAUGAGAAUAUGUCAUGGAGAGCUGUAAUUAGCAUGAAUAAAGCAUCUAACGACAUCUAUCACUGGAUUCCGAUCCGUGUGGUUCGUGCAAAACAGCAACUUGUUGGCGGUGUAAAAUACCUUUUAACAAUUCUAGUCGCAAAAUCAAAUUGUACCAAAAAGAUUUGCAAAGUUGAAUUUGUCAGUCGUUUAUGGGAAGGUUUUGAGGACAUUAUUCAUAGGGGAUGUAGUGAAUACCAAAAAACUGAUAAGUCACCAAAACGGACAAAAGGGAGGUUCAACGAAUCUGCACGGAGGAACCGCAACGCAAGUCCGAAGAAGGGCGAUGCUGCGAAGGAAAAAAAUCCUGACAUCAAACUUGAAGAUCUUGGUACCUGGAACCUUUUCAACAUCUUUAUUGAACGACACAAUCGAACGUACACUUCGAAAUCAGAAUUAAUGGAACGUUUCCGUAUCUACAAGCGAAAUAUGCAACUUGCGAAAACCUAUCAGGCUCGAGAAAAGGGGACAGCUGUAUACGGGGAAACACCGUACAGUGAUAUGUCGCAAGUAGAAUUUCGAAAGAUGGUGUUGCCUUAUAUAUGGCCACUGAAUCAUUCUGAGAACAAUGUGGUCAGUUUGGAAGUAUUUGGUAUUAAUGCCGUAAAAAUUCCAGACACCGUUGAUUGGCGCAAAAAGAAUGUUGUUACAGGAGUGAAAAAUCAAGGUUCAUGCGGAAGUUGUUGGGCAUUCUCAGUUACCGGCAACAUUGAAGGUUCUUGGGCAUUAAAAACUGGUCAGUUGAUAUCGUUGUCAGAACAAGAGCUUGUAGACUGUGAUGUGAUUGACCAGGGUUGUAAUGGUGGACUUCCGUUAAAUGCUUACAAGGAAAUUAUUCGAAUGGGUGGACUCGAAAGUGAAAAAGAUUAUCCAUAUUCGGGUCAUGGUCAUCAUUGCAAUCUGGUGAAAAAGGAAAUUGCUGCUUACAUCAACGAUUCCGUAGAGUUACCACACGAUGAAGCUAAGAUGGCUGCCUGGUUGGCCAACAAAGGACCAAUUUCGAUUGGUAAGUCUUUAACUCUGUUUUGA